AGUGAAAAUUUUAAGAAAAUUCAAGAAAAAGGAACAAAAAAUUUUGAAAAAACAAAAUUUAAUAACAAAGUUUGAAAAAGUUUUAAAAUUACAAAAACAAAGGAUUAAGAAAAAGUUAUGCUUCUGCAUUAUUUAUUUAUUUUGGGCACUGUUUAUUUGUCCAUAGCACAAGAAAAAAAAGUCGUGUGCUACUGGAACUCAGAUUCAGACAGACAUAAUGGCCUUCGAGGAUAUUUCAAAGCUUCCGACAUAGAUCCAAACAUAUGUACUCACAUCAUCUACAGAAACAUAUUUUAUUCUCAACAACUGGCUCUUUAUUGGUCACCACAAAAUAUUGACAAGUCAGCUGAGUUUUUAAACUUAAAAGCGAUUAAUCCAAAUGUAAAGUUAUUGAUUGGAGUUGGUGGUCCAUAUUGGGGUUCCAUGAUUCCAUCAAAUAUAACAUCGACUCCAACUGGUCAAGAAAAUUUAGCAAAAGCGAUCAAAAGUUUCUUAGACAGUCAUCCUGGAUUCAAUGGAGUUGAUUUUGACUGGCAAUGGCCUGGACACAGCGGAUAUUCAAACGAUAAAGAUAAUUUUGCAAGCUUCCUAUCAACUUUGAGAAGAAUUAUAACAUCACAAAAAAUUUUAUCGAUUUCUGUGGCACCAAGAAAUGAGGACAUUGAAAAAUCUUACGACAUUCCAAAGAUUAUUAAUCAGGUUGAUUUUAUUAACCUCAAUUCUUUUGAUUUGCGUGGAUAUAUAACAGAUACAGCAACAGCUUUUCAUUCUCCAUACCGCAAGAAUCAAAGUGAUAGAACUCCUGAAUCUGAAUGGAAUGCAGUGUCUAUUGUGACUAGUUGGAAAACAAGAAAUGUCCCGACUGAGAAACUCACACUUGGUAUACCAACGUAUGGACGAAGUUUCACAUUGUCAGAUGCUAAUGAGAAUGAUGUAGAUUCAUCUAUAGCUGGACUUGGGAGACCUAGUAGCUUUGCACCUCAAACCAAUGAAGUACGAAAAAACAUCAUUCCAUAUUCUGAAAUUUGUUAUAAUUUAAAUCAAGAAGCUACAAGUUGGGAAAGUCAUUGGAGUCAAACUCAUUUUACACCUUAUGCAACUUAUGAUGUGGACCAAUGGGUUGGAUAUGAUGAUAAGCUUUCAGUUUUAGCAAAGAUUCAUUUAGUGCUUGAACAUGAUCUCGCUGGUAUCAAUUAUGCUGCUUUGGAUCAUGAUGAUUUUUUGGGCUAUUGCGACUCUAUUAAGUUUCCGUUGAUUAGACUUGGAUAUAAUGCAAUCAUCAAUGGAAUUUUUGAACCAAAUCCUGUUGAACCGACAACAAUUACCCCAAGACCUGGAGAAACAACACCAUUAAGUACUACAACGACAACAGAAGAAGUAACGCCAGAGAUUACCACAAUGGAGCCGGAAAUAACGACUACUACAACAGAAGAACCAACGACAAGCUCUACAACAACAAGUUCUACAACGACAAGCUCCACAACCACAUCUUCUAGCACAACGACGACCUCCUCCACUACAACAUCUACGACAUCCUUACCCAUAACAACGACUACUGAGACUCCAACUACUGAAACUGAGGCAGAGACUUCUCCAGAAACAUCUCCAGAAACUUCCUCACAAUCUUCAUCAACUACCAGCACCACCAGUAAACCAUCAACUGUAUCUUAUACAACCACGACUCGUACAACGACUAGUGAAAUUCCAACGCCACCAGUCACACCUGAACGAACAACUUUUUCAGCUUCUGAAGUCUCAACAACAGUCACCAGUUCUCAAAAAUUAGAACAAUUUACAACAACUCAACAAGCAACAGAUCAAAGCACUACAGAAACUGAAGCAAGCACCUCAACGACUGACUUUAAGACUCCACCAGUUACACCGACUCCAAGCAUAAGUAGUUCUACUACUGAAGGUGGUUCCAUUGGUGGUAAUAGUACAAAUGCUGAAGAAUCUACUACUUUUCGUGCUCCAACAGAAGAUGAUUCAAAUAUAAGCAACACAACAGAUUCAACAGAAGUGAGUGAUUCUGGUGAAGAUAAUUAUGAAGGAUCAUCAGAUUAUUCAAGCUCGGAAGAAGAUGAGACAACUUAUGGUGAUGUGGAUGAGACUACAAUUAGUGAUUUGGAUACUGAAGAGACUACAAAUGGUGAUGGUGCUCCUGGUAUUCCAGAUAAUAACUCGACAAUAGAUUCUGAUGGCUCAACAGAUGAUGUCACACAAGAUAUUACAGACACUACAACUUUGAGCUCAUCAACAUCAACUAAAGAGCCAGAAAUAAUAACCGAGAGCUCAUCAAUAAUUACUGAAGAGUCAACAGCAUCAACUGGACAAUCAACAGCAUUAACUGAGCAGUCAACAGCAUCAACUGGACAAUCAACUGUAUCAAAUGAUGAGUCAACAACAUCAAAAGCUCAAUCAACUGUGUCUAUUGAAGAGUCAACAACCAGUAAACGAUCAACAGCAGUUCCAUCUAAUUUUAUUUGCCCCAUAGGCGACGGAAACUUUAAAAACCCAACAGAUUGUACUACAUUCUUCAUUUGCUCUAAUUGGUAUCCACAUCUAUUCUACUGCCAGCCUGGUCUUUAUUAUGACGAAGUAUGUGAUUGUUGUGACUAUCAAUCAGUUGUAGAAUGCAAUGUUAAUUGAAUUAAAUGCAGAUAAAUAUCCAUUAAAACAGUAAAUUCAAUAUUUUAUGAAAGUUUUAUAGUAUAACGGAUAGAGCACAACUGUGAAGGCAUGGAGAAUAAAAUUUAAGUAAAAUUCCUUUAAACAGUGUACAAAAUAUUCAAAUUACAAUUCUAAUUGAAAAGUUAAUAAAUAAAUUAAAUUUGUAUUCCAA